GUUUUAUAAAAGUUAAUAAAACCAUGUCAAAGUCAUCAUCAUUAAUACUUUGGUCAAGAAACUCAUCAUCAUUUUCACUAUUGUGAGAUGAUUUAUUAUUUUGAUAAUAAUUAUGUUCACUCAUAAUUUUAAUCAGAUUUAAUACACCUUUUCAAAGAUUUUCUUUUUCAUUCACAGUAUCGUCUCAAACUGAAAUAAAUUUACGCAGGUGAAAAUAAAAAUACAUUUCACUUGGAAUCGGGGUUAGGUUUAACGUUGAUAUAAGUAUGUAUCACGUCGCUUGUAUCAUAUAACUUAUCUUGUAGCAUAUAUCACCGUUUCGUGCGGUAGGCUUUAGUGUAAACUCUUUGCACUGGUGUGCACUAGUGCAGAAAGUGUUUCGAAGAAAAACUGACCUCUGUUGCCAACCUGUGAUCACGUUUAUCUGACGUAACCUCAAAUUUCACUUCGAAAAUGAAGAACACGAAGACUGUAUUUAAAAUAAUGCAAUCCAAUGGAUUUGCAAUGGCAUAUCGUACAUGUUUUAGAAAAUAUUGCACCACGGAUGAGAUAUACACACUGUCCAAAAAGAAGGUAGCACAUCCGUAUCAGGGAAUUCAUCCGUGGAAGUCAAAGGACGAGUUGGCAAAAUAUUUGUUGAAAAAUAUUAUUUAUAACGCAGGUGGAAUAGUCGUAAUAAAUAAACCAUAUGGUAUACCUGUAACUGAUACAUUUACAAAUGAUAAAAAUUUACCUUCAAUGCAAUCUCAUAAAAUUGCGAAUGCGUCGAAUUAUUCCAUAGAAAGUGUCUUACCAUAUAUUACAAAAGAAUUAGAUGUUCCAGCCUUGAUACCAUGUUCGGGAGCAGAAAAAUACAUGAGUGGUACUUAUGUGUUUGCAAUCAAUGAUGAUGUGGUAAAGCAGGUAAUGAAGGCAAAACUACGAGCAACUCACUUUAACAAAUUUACAAAGUACUGGGGAAUCACGAUUAGACUUCCACAUGAGAUCAAAGGAUCGUAUCGUCUAGCAAUGAUAUUAAAAAAAUCUGAAUAUGGAGUGAAAAAGCCUAUUUUUAUGACACAUUGGUCUAAAAAUGAAGAGAAAAGGGGGGAUGUUAAGAUUAUGAAUGUAAAAUACAAACUCCUGUCGAAUUCUACGAACAACUUAAGUUCUCUGAUAGAAAUAGAGUCGUCUGCAAGAAAGUGGCAAUGUAUUAGAUUAUUUGCUAGCAUUAUGUUGUAUAGCCCGAUUCUCGGAGAUAAUUAUCAUGGAUCGCGAGUUCAAGAAAUCAUGGGUACAUGGAUGAAAGUUGAUCCAUUUGCCGAAUCGAGUUGGGACUUGCCAAAAAUAAAUCGACAGUUGUUAGAAUUGCUGGAAUUGUCGCCGCGUCAACAAGAAAUUAUUCCAGUUCACCUCCAUAUGAGAAGUAUGAACUUGUUCUCUUUUGGCAAGGAAAAGAAGAAUAUAGUAUUAGAAGCACCUUUGAUACAUCCUUUUGAUUGGACAUGCAAACAACUUAUGUUCAAAAAUAUACCAUGUGAAGCUGAUCAUAGUGAGAGUACAGAAAAUGAAGUGAAAAUAAAUUCCAUGUAAUAUUUUAUAACAGUUUACAUAAUUUGUGCGUAUGUGUAUGUGUGCGCGCAUGUGUGUGUGUGUAUGUACGUAAUUAAUAUACAAAUGCAAUAAAUAAGCUCUUGAAAUUGA